UUUAACAUCCGGAGUAAGGUUCCUGUUAUUCUAGUAGUGAGUCGCUGAGAGUCAUUCAAGGUUGGGGUGGAUUUAAAGGAAAAGUAAUUUUUCAAAGUUGUUCCUGUCAUCACGGGUGACGCGGAUCUUUUUAUUUGUCCUGGAUAACUUUUUGUUUCAGGAUAGAAAGUGUGUUUAGUUGUGGAAAGUGCUGAGCUGUGACUGAGUGAUGCAACAUGGCAGCAACUGGCAGGUUUCUGUCAGUUGUCAUUAAGAUCCACGGCCGUGGAAUGGACACUGUGGGACAGAGGACACUCUCUUGUCUUCCCUCUGUCCUGUUCGGAAAAGAACCAGAGACAAGCGCGCGGUUUAAAAGCCGAGGAUCGGAUGGACGCAGUAGCCUGGACCGCAGAGAUCCAUCCUGGAAGGAAGGAAGCGGUCGGUCAGGCAGCUCUGCCCGGCUUGGGUCUCUCUGCGUGGGGCUCGGUCUCUGCGGAGCGGCGCUACUGGACCGCCUAGGGGAGGAUCAGGUGGAUUCCGAGGGAUCUCCAGGAUCCAGUAGCUUUUUAAAACUCUUUGUGCGCUCUGCUCAGUGCGCGUCCCCGUUCAGACCCGACAGCCCCCGCUUCAAAUACAACUUCAUAGCUGAUGUGGUGGAAAAAUCCACUCCAGCUGUGGUGUACAUCGAGAUUGUGAGCAGAAAUCUAUUUUCAGGGAGAGAAAUCCCGGUGGCCAACGGCUCGGGUUUCAUCAUCAGCAGCGACGGCCUGAUCAUCACCAACGCUCACGUCGUGGAAAACAAGAGAGGCGUCAGAGUGAAGCUGACCAACGGCGACACGUACAACGCCACGGUGCAGGACAUCGACCCCGUUGCAGACAUCGCCACCAUUAAAAUCAUUUCCACUAAACCUUUCCCCACGCUCAAACUGGGCCAGUCGUCGGAGGUUCGUCAAGGAGAGUUCGUGGUCGCUAUGGGGAGUCCGUUUGCGCUGCGCAACACGAUCACCUCUGGGAUCGUCAGCUCACCGCAGAGAGGAAGCAAGGAGCUGGGCCUGUCCAACUCCAACAUGGAUUACAUACAGACAGACGCCGCCAUCGACUUUGGAAAUUCUGGAGGUCCUUUGAUUAAUCUGGAUGGGGAAGUAAUCGGCAUAAACACCAUGAAGGUCACUGCAGGAAUCUCAUUCGCUAUUCCGUCUGAUCGGGUGAAACUUUUUCUGAAUCAAGCAGCUAAAAGAAAAGGUAAGAAUAUUUCACUAAAACAAUGUUUCUGUGAAAACAAUAACCUGCAGUUGUUCAUUGAUCCCCUUUCUGGUAUUUCAGGCUCUACGGCUGGUGACCUGAGUGUGAAUCCACGCUACAUUGGCGUCAUGAUGCUCACGCUGACACCCAGCAUCAUUGCGGAGCUGAAGAUGAAAGACUCGUCUUUUCCUAACGUCAGUCAUGGCAUUCUGAUCCACAGAGUCAUCCCCAGUUCACCAGCCAGCAGAGCUGGGAUGCUGUCAGGAGACAUCGUGUUGGAGAUCAACGGGGUCACGGUGAAAACCUCCGAGGAAAUCUACAAGGCCGUCAGGAGCAGCGACGCCAUCAACAUGGUGGUACGGCGAGGAAACCAGCUCUAUCAACUCCAAGUCACACCCGAAUACAUCGAGUGACGCCGGCCGACGUUCGCUGGCGGCCUGACGUUCGCCAGGGAGAAAACUGUGAAACUCGAUGCAUUAAUGUGAAUAUUUUGAUUUGUAUAGGAUGAAAGUGGAAGUGUGGACAUAUGUUAGCAGCUUUACUGUUAAUUUCCCAAAAAUAUGUCAAAACAUUUCUGGGUUUUCCUGCCGAUUUCAAUAUUUGUGCAAGAAUCAGGAAAUCCUGGACAGUUUUGUAAAAUAAAAAACUGAAAACAG